CCCAUUCUCUUCCAUUCAUCUUCAACCUCAAGCUCCUUCUCUCUCAUCCCACUCUCUCUCUACACUCCCUCCCCUCUCUUCAUACCCCCUUUGCCUCCCACCCUUUCUCUCCUACGCCCCCAAAAAACCUCAUUUCUGCGUCAAAGCAAAAAUGUAUGCUCGAGAAAAACUAUGCAACAAAUCAAGAAAAUCCGACAAAGAUAUUCCGCCGCCGUCAUUCUCCUCCACUCUCCUCGACGAAAUCUACCGCUCAAUCGACGGGAGCGUCGAGAAAUCCGAUGAUCUCAACGGCUAUAAAGAAGCGGCGAGCUCUCGAAGAGCAUGCUUGGUCGAGAAAUGGAUGGAGAAAGAGGCCAACGAGAGAGCCGCCGCGAGAAGAAAGAGACAGCAGUUUCUGCGAGAAUCCGACACCAAAUCGGCGGCGCACGACAGCGACGUCAUAUUCUUCAGCUCCACGUCGUCUUCCUCCGACAGCUCCGGCGCGCUUUCCUCCUCCGACACCGAGUUUUUCGGCUCGACCGGCGGCCGGUCCAAGCCGAAGGUCUCCUGCUUCACGGCCCGACCCAAACCGGUCCGCACCGGCUCCCGCUCCGAACCGGACCGGUUCAAGCCCGACGAUCGCCAAGAUGAUUUGAUCAAGUCGAAGUCGAGGGCGUUGAAGAUUUACGCCAAUUUGAAGAAGGUCAAGCAGCCGAUCUCUCCCGGCGGGAGGCUGACGAGCUUCAUCAAUUCGCUUUUCAGCAAUGCCGGCGGGAAGAAGUCGAGGAGCCUCGAGGCUCGGGACGAUAGGUCGGUGGCGGCGUGCUCGUCGGCCUCGUCGUUCUCGCGGUCGUGCUUGAGCAAGUACUCCCCCCGGUCGCGGGAGAAGAUGAGGGACGGCGGGGAGCGGAGAACGGUGAAAUUUGAACCCGCGGUCGUGGACCGGGAUUUGCGGUCGGGAGGGGGCAAGAGUGUGUAUAGUGGGGACUCGGGCCGGUUCGGGCGGCCCCCGCUUCCCCCGCCCGAGUUGAAGAUGAACAAGAAGGCGGAGUUCGUCGCACAAAGACAAAAUAGUAAUAGUAAAAGGGGUGAUGUUUUCAAUUAUCACGUGGACGAGUACGAGGACGAGGAGGACUGUCUGAGUGAUUCGAGCUCGGACUUGUUCGAGCUCGAUCACCUAACGUUUUUCGGGAGCAAUAGGUAUAGCGAGGAGCUACCCGUGUACGAGACGACUCAUUUCAAUACGAAUUGCGCUAUAGCUAGUGGUUUGAUCCGAUGAUUAGGGAUUGAAUAAAAGUUCUUGGUGUUUUUUUUUUUUUUUUUUUUUUAAUUUGUUCUUUUCAUUUUAUCUUAGGACUUAGGUUGUACAUUGUCUUUUUAACCUAUGCUUUUUGAUCAUACCAUAUUAGAAGAUGUUACUGUAUGUUACUUUCCGAUUUAUGGAAUUUGAUGAUGUAAAUUUUUGUGGGA